UAACGCCGGGCGUGUAAACAUCGAUCAGUGAUGUGGGCAAGAGCUCGCUGAAUACCGCGAAAUCAACUGAUCUCGCUUCCGCUUUGAUAACUGUGAUUAUUCGUGUCAAGCGAUGUGAUGUGUUGGGCUGGUUGGAGCACUGCUGUGUGGAGUCUGGAAAGUUAAGCGAGUGUGUGUUUUAUGAGCCAGACGCAAUGACAGGAGCGAUUUGAAGACGUCGGAUCAUCUCUCAAGUAGCUGCCUGGUUAUUUGAGAUGUCUGGAGGGGUUUUACUCCUCUGAUGUUGACACGGCUGUGAUGGGACACUGGGAGAGAAUGACGUUUGUAUGUGAACAGCAGCAGCUCACACGUUUGGAUCUGAAGUCCUUGAGGUGAUACGACUCCAAGAUAAACACGCUUAUGAUUGCUUUCUGAAUCACUUGACUUUGGGACAAGCCCUGUUCUGUGUGUUAUCUAAGUAAUCACUUGUAGGCAACGUGUAGAAUCAAGGGUCAACCAGUCAAUCAAUCGGGUGAACUCUUAUGCAGCGCAUAUGAAGGGCUGAAGAUGUGGAGCUCCGGGUCAGUGCAGGGGGUGCUGAAAUCCCUGAAGCACGCUGCGAGUAAAGGGCAGAUCCAGAUGACCCGCUGGCUGCAGCGGAGCUCGGACCCGCUGGAAUGCGACAAGAUCGAUAUCUUGAUCUGUAAUGUGUUUGAUGACCGAGGAAGUGGUGGCAGGUCUGAACCAGAUCUCGAGCACCCGAGCGACAGCGGCGUGUCCUUCACCCCUGAAUUCAGACAUCCGUGCUGCAUCACCACCUGUUGCUUUAAAAGUGCCCUGCUGGCGUGCGUCCUGACAGCUGUGUGCUUCUCAUCCGUGGCACUCGUGCGUCAGUACCUGCAGGACGUGUUACUGUGGGUGGAGAGUUUGGACAGUUUUGUGGGAGCGAUGCUCUUCAUAGUGGGCUUGAUCACAGUGUCUUUCCCCUGCGGAUGGGGGUAUAUCGUGUUAAACGUGGCCGCGGGGUAUCUCUAUGGCUUUGUGUUGGGUAUGGGGCUGGUGAUGGUGGGGGUUUUGAUCGGGACCUUCAUAGCUCAUAUGGUGUGCAAGAGACUACUGACGAACUGGGUUUUAAGUAAGAUCGGGAGCAGUGAACAGUUGAGUGCUGUUAUUCGGGUGGUGGAGGGUGGAAGUGGACUCAAAGUUGUGGCCUUAGCGAGACUCACGCCGAUUCCGUUCGGUCUCCAGAAUGCAGUCUUCUCGAUCACAGAUGUGUCCUUGCCAAAUUAUUUAGUAGCUUCCUCAGUGGGACUUCUCCCAACACAACUCCUCAAUUCAUAUCUGGGCACCACACUGCGCACAAUGGAGGAUGUGAUAGCAGAACAGAGUGUCAGUGGAUACUUUGUGUUCAGUCUACAGAUCUUCAUCAGCAUCGGCCUUAUGUUUUACGUUGUUCAUCGAGCACAGGUAGAACUAAACGCCGCCAUCGCCGCCUGCCAGAUGGAGCUGAAAACAUCGUACAUGAACGGGAACACGGCGAACCACAGCGGAUCGACCUACUGCAGCAAAAGGGCUGCGGCAGGAGGGGGCAUCAAUGUAGUCUGAUUGAUAGAAAUCAACAUGUUUCCUGUUGAUGAACAUAUUUCAACUCCUCUUCCAUCCAGUUGCUCUGUCCUGAUUGGAAUGCUGGGGAUGCGGAGGCUUCGUCAGGGAGUUUGGGCUCCUGCAGGCAUCUGAAGCUGCUACUGCCCAAACCAGCUGUUCUAGAGAUGUUCGUGGUUUAGCUAUGGAGCGGCAAUGGACUUUAUAAGACAAAGAGCCGCCCAUCAGGGACUAUCAGACUUUAUUGGAAACAUUGCCCAAAGAUUGGGACCCUGGGCCAGUAUUCUAUGAAAAAAAUGUAUGAUACUGACAGAGAUAUUAGUUAUUGUGGUACAUUUUCUUUUUUUAUGAUGCUAAUAUAAAUUAUAUAACACUUUAUAGGAGGCCUAAACUAAAGCAUGAAUGGGUAACUUAAAGAGAAUGUUGUAGAAUUGUAAUCAAAUAUUGCAGAGGGCCCAACUAAUUUAUCAGGUUAAUAUGCUUCUGAGUUUUUUUUGUUUUUUUGUUAUUGUUCUAUAUAUAUAUUGUUCUAUAUACUGUCAUUUGUUAUAAAUGAAGAAUUAAAUUUAAUUAUUUUGAUACUUUUCAGAAUUUAACUAAUGGUAAUUCUUGAUGGAUUCUUUUCAUAUGUUUACUCUAGAGGAAGAAGUUUGUACCACCUGGAUAAAAUUGUGGCUUUUGCCAAACUGGGAACACUUUUGCAACUCUGCAGUUUUGUAAGGAACAGAUGGAGUAAUGGUUUUAAAUUCUUCCUGUUGUUUCACAUAUUUAUGUUGUGAAUUAAGGUUUUAAGAUCCAGAUGUUCUCAAUGUUGGAUUUCUCAGUAACUGAAAUAUAUACUUGGUGGUGACCUCAUUCAGAGUGUCAUUUGAGACCCAUCGUUUUGUUUACAGUAUCAACACUACCACAUCACCAUUUUCUGGCAAUCAGUGGAUCCAUGAUCACUGGUGUGCUCAUUUUACAGGACAAUGUCUUGUUAGUGUUCAGUCAUAGUUUUGCUGCUACUUAGAUUGUAGGGUAUGGGUGAAAUGCUGACAAGGGCUCAAAGUAAUAUUGCAAUUUUAUUACAAUAUGACAUACCAUCUGGGUUUUUCUUAAAUGGCAAAUCUGUGCAAAUGAAUAGGUUACAUUUAUUUUGAAAAGUGCAGAUGCACAAGUGGACACAUUCCUUAUCCUAAAAAUUGGUUGAAUGGUUUUGAUAUGUAUCCAGAUUUUUUUCUCUCUCUUGGAAAUGGAAUAGCCCCUCUGUUUUCUGAAUUUAGCAAUAACUAAAAACUGAACGUGCUGACUUGCCACUCUGAGUUACAUUGGAGAGAUCCAACAAUCCCGGUCUUUUGUUACGAUGUCAACCUGCCUUGUAGCUCUUGCUGCCUAGGACAUUGAAACAGGACACUUGCCUGCAGUAUGUUCAGACUCUAAUUUGAAGAGUCAUGGAAAAACAAAUUCUGAAGACCCUUGGGAUGUCAAAUGCAACAAAAAAACAAGAAAAAUGCAAAAGUUAUAAGAAUUUUAAUUAUUGCAUAAAAUUAAUCAGAAAAUGAAUAAAUGACAA